CAAAGGCCAAGAUUCAGCGUCGGCCACAUGUGUUUGUGCUGUUUGUGGUUCAGCGUUCGUAGUAAAGGAGGAUUUUAAAAUGUACCGUGUUCUCUUAAUCUGCAAGGAUACGACAAAAUUUCUGGAGAGAUAAAAAUUGUCGGAAGUAAAAAUUAGCGGACAAUACAAUUUGACGAAGUGCGCGUUUUUUUUUCACUCGAUAUAAAAUCAUCUCCGCGGUACAAGGUGCUGUCUGCUAGCCAGGGCUUGCAGCUAAAGUCGGAAAAGGAUAUACAAUACCGUUGAGGGACAUUCAAAUAUCACGGCCAACACGAGCUUUUCUUAAUUUACAGCUUAGGCGGCGACGAACGUUCGAUCGUCCGACUAUCUCAUGGUGAUAUCAGACCGUGAGUUUCACCCUUGAAAAUUGACCAGUGCAUCGAUAUUUGCCAAGUCAGCGCCGCGUGCUAGCUGGAGAGCAACCGCGAGUCCCGCAUGCGGCCAGCCACGCGCUCGUUCUCUCGCCUGCGUUAAACAUGGACUGAGUGCGACGCAUAUCCGAUAAUUGGCUGAAUAAACUCGUCUCUGAAUCCGACCCGCUGAAAUUCCUCGUCGAUCUCAAUUCACCGUAAGUGACCAGAUGUCUCAUAUUUAAUGGUUGAAUGAAUUGUGGAGCGGAAAGUAUCGUCCGCCUCGUGUUUUUAUAUCGCCGAGUGAUCCAAUAUGGCGGCAAAGGUGGCUCCGAGCAUGCAAGGCGGCAGCGGCGGGGCGAGAGAGACGAACGAGGGCCAAGGCAUCUCUUACGCCAGUGUACUCAACCCAAAAAACAACGACAACAAUAAGGAGAACAUAAACGAUGCGCCCCGGGCCGCUGGGAAAGACCGGAUGUCCGCCGAACCCUCAUCGGCGGUCGUCCAACGCGGUAAAUCGUACCAGAAAUCGACGAGGAGAUACAGUUCGCACUACGGUAGGUCGGAGAGGAAUUUUCAGAACCCGUCCUCCAGGUCGAAUCAGAACGCAGUCGAGGUUGCUUCGGAGGCGGAGGAAGCCAAGCCUCUGAACAAUGGGGAGGCGGAGAGCGACAGCGAGUUUCAAACCGUCGCUCCAAAGAGCGCCCGCAGAAAAGAAAAACACAGGGAGCAUCGAGAGCACCAUGAUCAUAGAGAUCGGUAUCAUCACAGAGAGAGGUAUCAUUCCAGGACUCAGCACAGCGACGCUGUCGACGAGCGAGGACACAAGGAGAGAGGCGAGCGGAACGAAAAGAGCGCCGCCGAACACUCUCUCGCCAAAGAUGUCCCCAAAGAUAAAGACGAUGCUGGUACUGAGCCAGAAACUGAUACAGAGCCGGUCAAGUACGUCGAGGCUCCUAUACCGGUUGUCAAUCCGUGGAUGAAGAGCAAAGGCAGCGGCGGCAAUCGACCUCAGCCAUCCUUACCUCAGGCUGCAAUCGUCUCUGCGCCGAUUCCUACAGAAAAGCCGGUCGAGAAGCCGGUGGUUGCGGAGAGAGAAAAAAGGGUCCUUCAGCCGCAGCAGCAGAGAGGAAAAAUUGAAAAUGGUUCUUCAACCGGUGUGCAGCCAACAAUUGUCAAAGCGCCAAAAGACAGAAGAAAAAUCAAUCAAAAGGCCAGUGAUUUUACCGAUAUUGGAGACUGGCCAUCUCUUGGGGCUCAAGGAGAGAAGAAGCCCACAAUAGCAACCCAAAAACAAAACGGCGUCAUCGAACCAAACCAAACAAAGGACAACUAUGCUGGUCCAGCCAGCGAAGGCAAAGGCAAGGAAAACAAAGAACAAAAUCACUUCCAAGAUGAUAGCGACGAACACACGGACGGCAGUGAUAAAAAGAAAAAAGUCACAAAGCAGAAAUGGGUUCCCCUAGACAUAGAUUUGGCAAAGAACAGAGGGAAGCGAGAAAGAUCCCCGAAAACUCAUGGACCGCGUGAGAGAAAUGGAGAAGAGGAGGAAAAUUGGCGUGACAGAGAUUACGACAGAUCGAGGUAUAGCUAUAGAGGCGCACGAGGAGGCGGUAGUACUCGAUACAGAGGGAGAGGUGGUAGAGGCACUCGUGGUACUAGCCGCAGUGGUUUUAAGCCUAGGCAUGAUCCUGAAUAUCCAGACUAUCCUACGGACUACACGCAGGUGAAUAAGUUUGGCGGAUCUGAUGCCUCAUUUAUGAUGCCAUAUAUGGGUACUUUCUACUUCAACAAUUCGAGCUACAUCAAUUUGGAUAUGACAACGCUUAAAGAUUACAUUAAGAAACAAAUCGAGUACUACUUUAGCGAAGAAAAUCUGAUGAGGGAUUUCUUUCUACGUCGUAAAAUGGAUGCUGAAGGUUUUCUUCCUAUUACUCUUAUAGCUUCGUUCCAUCGAGUACAAGCGCUUACCACUGACGUAGCUUUGGUCGUCGAGGCUAUUAAAGAGUCUGACAAACUUGAACUCGUUAAUGGAUUCCAGGUUAGAACAAAGACUGAGCCUCUGAAAUGGCCGAUAUUAGAUGCAGCUGGAAAUCCCGUUUAUCCUCAGGCGCAUCAUCAUCAUCAGAUUCCUUCGCAACUGUCGUCGUCGCCUUCACAUCCCAGUUUCUUUCCCGUCGCCGAACCCUUGACUGCUAUUCCUCCACCACCAAUCCCUCUAAGCUUACGUGUACGCAAUAAUUCUAAUUCUGUACAUGGGAGACUUAGCGAAUCAGAUAGCGUAUCUUCUUCAAUAGGUGAUAGUCUGAACCCUGACGUACCAGAGUUUGUGCCCGUUAUAGUAAACAAGGGAAUUGAGUCCUUUAAUAAUGACAAAGAAAAUGUUCGAUCCAAGAAAGAAGAAGAACGUCGAAAACAGAGCAGCUCCUUACCAGAUACCGGUGUUAAACCUGUAAAAAUAUCAUCCAAUUCAGUGCGAUCGUCAACCUUUCAAGUAAACGGAGAUGAUCAGCCGUCCAUGGAUGACGUUUGGAGAGAAGUGAGAAGAAGAGUGAAACAACCACCAAAAGAUAAAUCUGAAGACAGAGGAAAAUUAGCAGAUAACAAAGAAGAAGAACGUGAAGAACUAGACUUUCAGUUUGACGAAGAAUUGGAUACACCUCCACCAACAGGCCGACACAAUGCAUUUUCCGAAUGGUCUGAGGAUGACGAUGAUUAUGAGCUUUCGGAUCGUGACAUUAACAAACUUUUGAUUGUAACACAGUCGAAUCCCCAGGCAAUCGCCAUUACGACAAGAAUUCCUAAACACGAAGGACAUGAUCGUACAGGUGAUUGGAUGACUCGUGUCAAGAUGUCGCAAGAUCUUGAGCAGGCUAUUAACGACGGACUCUAUUAUUAUGAAGAAGAUUUAUGGACUGAAGACAGACAAAGGAUUGGAUCUGUAUCUUCGACCGGAAGUUACAAAACUGUAAAUUUGAUUAGUCAAGAAGCUUUUGAAAAAAUGGCACCUAAAGCUCCAAGAAAAACCAACCCUGAAGUUCCGCCGCCGCCACCUACCACCAGUGAAGAUGAAAUGGAAGUUGCUCACUCGUUGCCCACACAGGUUCCAAAUACAUCUGAAGGACGUGGCAAGCGUGAACGAGGUGGUGAUAGAAGUCAAGGCAACGAUGUACAAAGAUCUGCUCAGACAAGCAGAGGCAGCAGAAGAGGUGGAGCAUCUCGUUUCUUUGCCGUAGUGAAAGACGAGGCAGCUGUGGAUCCUAGAACACCACGCAAACGUAAAACGCGUCACAGUAGUAAUCCUCCCGUCGAGCAUCACGUUGGUUGGAUUAUGGACGUCAGAGAACAUCGUCCUAGAACUUAUUCGACCGGAAGCAGCGCAGGCACAAGCCCAAGCGAAAGCUACUUGGCAAGCAGCUACGGCAGUGCACCGCAGUCUUUACCAACGUUCCAACAUCCAAGUCAUUCACUCCUCAAAGAAAAUGGUUUCACUCAACAAGUUUAUCACAAGUACCAUUCUCGAUGUUUGAAAGAACGCAAAAGAUUGGGAAUUGGGCAGUCUCAGGAAAUGAACACGCUAUUCCGUUUCUGGUCAUUCUUCCUCAGAGAGAACUUCAACCGCACCAUGUACGAAGAAUUUAAAUCCUUGGCUUUAGAAGAUGCUGCUGAAGGAUACCGCUACGGUUUGGAAUGUCUUUUCCGUUUUUACAGUUACGGUUUGGAAAGAAAGUUCAGGCCUCAACUUUACAAAGAUUUUCAAACCGAGACGAUACGAGAUUACGAAAUUGGCCAAUUAUAUGGAUUAGAAAAGUUUUGGGCAUUCAUGAAAUAUUAUAAGCAUGCUGAAAAACUCUACGUUGAAUCCAAACUACAGGAGUAUGUUUCAAAGUUCAAAAGUAUUGAGGAUUUCAGAGUAGUUGAGCCGCAAAUAAACGAGAUGCUCCAAGGAUUUAGUGGAAAUCUACGAAGCCAAGCUAUGAAAAGGAGAAACAGAAGCGUGUCUGAAAGCGCUGGUGGCGGAGAAGCAUCCCCUACUAGUCGAGUACGACGUUUAUCCGGUGGUUCGAGUACUGUGACACUUUCUACCAAUUCUAGUAAUACUAACAAUCACAAACGGUCAGAUUCCGUAAAUCUGUCGCAGUAUCGAAAUAGGGCAGAAUCUUUUGGUUCGGGUAGAUUGGGUCGUACCAAAAGACGAAACGAUUCUGCAUCUAACAGUCAACGUGAUCUCACCAAGCAGCAACAACCCAGGAGUCGACACAAUUCUGGCUCUUUUACUAGACCCCAAGAAGUAGCUAAAGAAUAAAACGUUUUACUACAAAACCCAUAUUAUACCAGUUUGAAUCGGAAUUACAAUUGGCAAAAAUUAAUAGUGAUUAUUGUAUAACUUGUUUACGUACGUAGUAGGGAAUAGUCUGAGGUACUUUAUCUGAUAAAGUUUAUCUCGAUUUGAAAAUCGUUGUAUAGGUAGGUAUGACUUAUACUGCAUAACAUACCCUAUUAUUUUUAUUUAUCAUUUUGUCGAAAAGGUAAAAAAUGGUUUAUAAUUUUUAUCAAUAACGUGAGAUAAACAGUCCAUUGAUAUUUAUACAUUUUAUGUUUUGAUCCGGAUAUUCUGCCUUUAAACUUUUUAAUACAAUUAUUAACACAUUUGGGCAACAAUAAUAAUGUUAUUACGAAAAAUAAUAGAUAUUUAAGGGGGAAAUACAAAAGAAAAAUAAAAAAACUCAAAGUAUAGUGCUAUGAAUAAUUAUAGAUCUAAUUCAAUAGACGUUUUACGUAAAUCAAUUCUACAGAUGAAUGAAUGGGUAAAUAUAAUUGAAACUAAAAAUAAUGUAUAAAUGCAUUACGCGCACUGAUGUUAAAGUAGCGGAACGAGAAUAUUAUUAUUUUUCGGGCUUCCGAUAUUGCCUGCAACCGUAUUUGCUGGCAAAAAUAACUUUAUUUUUUGUUACUGACGCUGUCUAGUGCCACGUGUUCGGCGUGUACUGUAUAAUAGAGAACUUUGCACAUACUUAAGUAUUUAAUACAUCUGCACUAUAACAUAUUGCAAUCUUUGAAAUCCAUGCUUAAUUAUCGUUUUGCAACGAUUUGAGUCGAUGAUAAUUGUAACUUAGUCAAUCCUGUCUUGUUUUUAGAAUCCCGUACGAGAAAGCUACGAUCGUACUGUUGGAACAAAAACAGUUACUUUAUACAAACUUUGUCUCUUAACCCAGCUGUGUUCCAUAUAAUAUAUUACUCCAUAAAUCAGUACGAUCCGGUGUAAAUUUCAUAAUAUUAUGGUAGGCACAUCCGAAAGAAUUUUAACAUUGAAUUGUGUAAAAUAGAAAUGCAGGAAUUAGGAAAAAACCACCACGACACAACAAAUUAAGUUAAAUCUGAGUCGUCCAAGUCGUCUCAAAUUGUUAGUUUAUGAUUACCCACUCGUAUAAAAAUUAUUGACAUCCCCGAGAUCAAGGAAAAAUUUUUUUUUAAAUUUGCGUCAGACAGUUUCGGAAUACUGUAAUGAUGACUGCUGGUUUUGAAAAAUUUCCUCCAAGACCGUCGUAAAUCGUAAUUGAUAGGAAAAAAAAAAGAAAAUACAGAAAACAUUUCAAAACAAGAAAGAAUAUUUAAGUAGUAACUACACACCUAGCCAUUGAUCAGUGGCAAAGAAACGAGGUGUGCAUGAUAUAAUAUAAUUACUACUACUAAAGUAUAGAAUUAAUUUAAACAUAUAUGUUAUACACUAUAUCUAAAAUAUAGAGCAAGAAGAAAAGAAAAAAAAAACAAAAAAAAAAAAAAAUACAAAUGAAUUAGAACGGUUAGGUUUUCGUGUGUAUACAACGGGUCUAUUUUCUGUUAUUGAAAGGUGUGAUCCCUCUGCCCACAGGCUGUAAUAUAUUAUUGCUAAAAGAAAGGGAAGAAAAAAAAACAUAACAUCAAGCAAAUAGCAUGUUUUUUUUUUUUUUUUGUGUUUUGUUUUGUUUUAUUCCUAUGUUAGGGUAUAGAGACAAUAAUGAUAUAAUAUCGUAUACAAUUAUUAAACCAUUUUUUUGCAUAUUCGAAUAUUAAUUAUCACUAUAUCUGACCAUGAUGUAAGGCGAGGUACUUGGAAGCGUUGCAACAUACUCUUAAUGUUACCCAAAUAUUGUUUGCAUUCGGCACUUGUAAAGAAUUGGCACAAAAACUACUCAAAUCAUUUUUCGGGUGGGAAAUCUUUUAGCAAUUUGCUAAAAAUCCUUCAAUUUAUUCUACAUUGCUUAAUUUGUAGCAAUUUUUUUUCUCGUCACAUAUCCAAGGAUCUCAGAUCACACAUUUACAUCCCUCGUUAUAACUGAAAAAUUCAAAUUACAGUUUAGUUGUUUGUCUAGUUUUUUUCAAAUUGUGUUUUUUUUUUAUAUAUAAACUCAUUAUACGUCGACUUCUGAAAGAUUUCAAUUAUUGUAUUGACAGCCUCGUCACGCACUCGGUAACUCGAUCCAUAAUCUGAUUUUUUUAAACUCUAUAUCGUGAGUAAUCCAUGUAUUUAUUAUUGCAGAAAAGUAACUUAUUGUGCUAUUUAUUAUGCAUGAGAACGCACAAAAAAUUGACUUUCAUGUUUUUCUAAUUCUUCUUACUACUUUUAAAUUAAGUCAUUUUAAAGACGUUUCAUGCUAAUUCUUGUAUUGAACACGAGGGUAACAUCGCGGCCAAGACCGUUUUAACAAUAGUUCAUAAGAGAAGAAAUAAUUUAGACAGUUCCUAUGAUAGUCCGUCAAAUCAAUAGGCAUCAAAUAUGAAGUUUCCAAGAUAUUUAACAAACAGUAAUGAAAAAUCGAAUCAGGCAAACGAAUGAAUAAUAUUCGUUUUAAAUGAGAUAGCGUUUUUGGUUCAAAUUUAUAUUUUAAUAUGUACAUUAGUCACUGUUUUAGUCACGUCACACUCGGUUCAGUGUAAUCUAUCUAUAAGUCUAUAACUUGAGUUGGCUUCGAACAUCCUAUUCUUUUUAUGGAAAUCCACGUCUUACUAAAAAUUGGGUUUGUUAAGAACGGGUUAUAGUCACGAAAGAUAUUGGUGAUUGAAAAUUGAAAACGUAUUUGUAAGCUGACUGGAAUGGGUAGGAUGAAGAAGGUAAUUUGUCUGCGAAUAACGCGCGCAUCCAGAGAUCACGAUAUUACAGUGGUGCGAAAUGGAAUGAUUGAUAAAAUUUCAAAGUAAAGCGUGACGGAGAAAGGUAGAGUAUAAUAUUGUGCUGGCAACGAAUCGGACAGCCAUAAGCAUUGUCACGUUUGAAAAUAGUUGAUAGCGCUUGAACGACUUUGCUCAGUCUUGUAAAUAGAAACUAACUGCUUUGUUGGCAGCUUAGGAUUAACUAGUUUUAAGCGAGUGACUACCGCAUAAUAUCAUAUUAUAUACCCUAUUGAUAAUAUUAAUGCUGUUAAUUAUAGACUCAUAGAUUCAUAACUAUUUGAUAAGAAUAUAUUAUAUGAUGAAAAUGCAAAAUUAUUAAAGUACGUCGUGGCACGUUUAGGGUAACGCAGUGUGCAAGAUCCAAUCUUGUUAUCACUCUGGAAAUUUGCAAUAAUUGACACCUUUCACUUCCGACUUAUUAUUCCGAUCGACUUGAUCGAGGACAAAAACGCUUUGACGUUGAAA